UAUUGGACAAUUGAUCUCUGGCACCUGCAUUUGUCACAGAGAUUUUCUGACGCAAGCCAUACCACUCAAAUAAUAAGCUCUAAAUUAUUCGGACAAUCAAGAGCAGUGGAAUAAAUUUACACAGUCUAUAGCAAAAUUUAAGGAAAGCCAGCGAAAUGACUGAAGAAGAUUCGAUUUUUGACCCUACUUUGAAGAAGAAAAAGAAGAAGAAGAAGACUACCUUCGAUCCAGAUGCAGGAUUUGGCGAAGGAGGUAGCGGCAGUGAAACUACUGAAGGAGCUGGAGAUAAGGAAAAUCAAGAACCAGACCAAUUGGUAACUGAAGAUGAUGAAGUGCUUGAUCUUGAAAAUUUUGGUAAAAAGAAAAAGAAAAAGAAGAAGGCAUUCAAUCUUGAUGAACUUGAUGCUGCUCUGCCUGAUGACAAGAAAGAGAAUAUAGUGGAACCUGCAUCUGAAGAUGUGGUCAUGGAAGAUAACUUUGAUUUGGAUAUGGACUUCUCCAAGACCAAAAAGAAGAAAAAGAAGAAGAAGGAUCUGGAUGAGUUGGUAGCUGAGGAAGAACGUAAAGAAACAGAGGAUAAGGAAAAUGGCUGCACUGAAUUUGAGCGAAGUGCGGAAUAUGUGGAAGAUACGAGCUUGUGGGUAGGAUCGGAUAGAGAUUACACGUACGACGAAUUGCUCGUUAGAGUAUUCAAUAUCAUGAGAGAAAAGAAUCCCGACAUGGUUGCCGGUAAGAAGCAGAAGUUCGUUAUGCGGCCACCUCAAGUCGUCCGUAUAGGAACGAAGAAGACGUCCUUUGCCAACUUUACUGAGAUUUGUAAAACGUUACAUAGGCAACCGAAGCAUUUAUUAGAUUUCUUAUUGGCCGAAUUGGGUACCAGUGGGUCCGUCGACGGUAACAGUCAGCUCAUUAUCAAAGGUCGUUUUCAACAAAAACAGAUUGAGAACGUUCUCAGGAGAUACAUCAAGGAAUACGUGACUUGUCAUACAUGCCGUUCACCCGAUACCAUCCUUCAAAAAGACACUAGACUCUUCUUUUUGCAAUGUGAAACAUGUGGUUCUCGGUGCUCCGUGGCUAGCAUCAAAUCUGGUUUCCAGGCUGUCACUGGCAAACGUGCUGCCAUUCGAGCAAAGACUGCCUAAGGGACUUUCUACGUUUUGCUAUUUUAAUAUCCAAGCAUUAUUUGAAAGAAUGGUAUUGGAUUCGUUAAAGUCUGAUUAUACUUGAUUAUUGGCGAAGAAAAUAAAAUGUAAUAAUAACAGGGUGCCAGUUCAGUGAUCUGGAGUACCUGCACCGCGAAUUAGGUGUAAUGGUAUUUUAACGGUAUCUAAUGAAAUCAUAAUAUCAAGGUAUAGUUGAGUUCUCAAACAAACAUGAUAUGCCUUGAGGAUCCUUGGUUAUUCGGAAUUCCGAAUUAGGUGUUACCGUAGAGAUAAACGUGAGAACAAAUAAAAACUCAGUGCGAUAAAACGAAAUAGCGACUACUCAGGAUGGUUGCGAAUAGUCACAAUAGGAAAGUUAUUCUUGUAUCUUCUUAUACAUGCAUUGCAAAAAAACUACAAACCAGUUGCAAUACAACAUAGGAUAUUUAAUUCUUGAAAUAAUCGAGUCAUUUCCUAGAUACUUUAGACGUCUGUAUUUACUAGAUAAUAAAUUCAUCUCAACAUA